ACUGUGUAAACAAACCACCUAGAGGGAAGACGAAGCUGAUUACUGUCAUUUUGCUUACAGGAUAUCAAAUUAUGGAGGAACCGAAAUCUGACCGCCGUUAUGAUAAUGUUUCAUUUGACGGAAUGCUUCUUCCAGGAUUUCAACCAUUACAUGAUGAUGUGGAAGGCAGGCUUAAUGCCAUCAAGAAUUUGGAAAGUCGGUCUGGUGACGUUAUAAUAGCGGCGUAUCCAAGAUCAGGUACGCACUGGUUAUGGGAAAUUACUUCCAUGUUACUGAAACAGCAAGAUGAAUAUAUUGAACAAACAAAAGGAACAGCAUUCUUAGAACUUGUAGAAGAUUUGAGUAAACUGGAAAAGAUCACCUCUCCUCGAAUUUUAAACACACAUCUACCAUACCGAUGGUUUCCGAAAGCUCACACAGAAAGCAAGAGAAAAAUAAUACAUGUGACCAGAAACCCGAAGGACGUUUUUGUUUCCUACUUUCAUCUGACGAAGAAUUUUAGAAAGGACAUGGAUUGGGAUACAUAUUAUCAAACAACGAUAACUGGACCAGAUGUUAUGUAUGGUGGGUGGUUUGAAUACGAGAGGAGUUUCAACAUGGAUAAGGAAAAUAUACAUCACAUGUACUUUGAAGAAUUAAAAUUGCGACCAUCGGAAGAAAUUCGUAGAUUGGCUACAUUUCUUCAAGUGAAUUGUACAGACGACAUGAUUGAAAAAAUUGCUCACAAAUGUGGGUUUGACAACCUGAAGAAUGCCCAUUAUACAGUAAAGAAAACGGAAUCUCAACUCUCUCAUUACAGAAAAGGCGAGAUUGGGGAUUGGAAAAACCAUUUCACUGUUGCACAGAAUGAAGAGUUUGACAAGUUAUUUCAGAUGGAACGAACUGGUUGUAAACUGUUGAAAUUUAUGAAGUAAAAUCAUUCAAUGCAAUGUUGUAUACCUGUCAAGGUAGAAAGUGACUUGUCACCAGAAUAGUAAUAUUGUGAAUCGAUGUCAAUAUUAUGAAGAUGCCUUCAACCUAAUAAACUUAAACAUUU